UAUUAUAGGCAAGUGGAGAGAAGCCACCGCCACCUCCAAUGAGCAAGAAAGUCAGACGCUUCUCCUCCUCUUCUCAACAAUAACUUAAACUCUUAGCUCCCAUGGAGGCCAGCAGGAAGACUGCAUCGGCGUCGAACCGGCCGGGCCGCACACCGAGCAUGAGGGCCAGAUCACUGGCCCCAUUCCUCUCGAAGACUUAUGAACUCGUCGAGGGAUCGGAGGCACCGCAUGUCGUCUCAUGGAAUGAAGAAGGGAGUGGGUUUGUUGUGUGGUUGCCGCAGGAGUUCUCACAGUUCAUACUGCCCAAAUACUUCAAGCACUGCAACUUUGCCAGCUUCAUCCGCCAGCUUAAUACAUAUGGAUUCAAAAAAUCUGCUUCUGAUCGUUGGGAAUUCCGGCAUGAGAAGUUUCAAAAGGGCAGAAGGCAUUUGCUAGCAGAGAUUACUAGAAGAAAAUGUGAACCAAGUGUCUUCCCUAGUUUUCUAAAAGCCUGUGAAAAAUGCCCACCUCCAGUAGAGAAUGAUCUACUUGAAGAAAACAAGGUCCUACAGCAAAAGAAUGCAGAGCUGCUGUCGCAGAUCAAACAUUACAAGGCUCUCGAGGGAGAAUUGCUAAAACGCCUAUCCCAAUAUGUCAGAUGAUGACGAAAACGUCAUUUCCUGAGUACAGAGAAUAAAUUUUCUCCAAGUUGAAAGCGAAAAAUGGCACACGUUCUCCACCAUGGAAAAUCAUUUUCAAUACACACACUGGAACUAUAUGACAAAUCAAACAUUUUCCAGAUCAACUAAGCAUUCAACACUCACAGACCUUUUUCUGUAUAAUUUCUUAUUAAUUACCAACUCUCAUGCAAAUA